AAGAGCUGGUGAAUGACUCCAGGUGUGGGUCCUGCCCCUAAGACGGGUGUCGGGUUACAAGACGCAUAAUCAUUCCAGUUUGGCAACUUCACCUGUGGGGUUGAUUUCAUCGACCUGCCUUGCAGUCCCCAAAUCACUCCUAGAAUACAGCGGUGGGAGGUGGCCGGCUUGGCUGGCAAGGGGGACAGGGAUGCUGGCCGUGAGGGACCAAGGCCUGCCCUGCACUUGGGCCUCCUCCAGCCGGUGCUGACCGGGAUUUCUGACCUGCCGGCCCUGGUCCUGAACCCCUCCUCCCACCCUGGGUCACAGAUCUGGGCUCCAGGCUGCAGAGGACAUUGCAAGAUCACAAGAUCGCACAGUCAGCAUGGAUCCCGCCAGUGACCAACCCCUGAACGGCAUCGAUGCUGCUCCCCUGCGCAAGCCCCGCACCUCACUGGAGAACUUCAAAAGGGUGGGGGUCCCCAUCAUCGCGGCACUGCUGAGCCUGGCAACCAUCAUCAUUCUGGCUGUCCUCAUCAAGGUGAUUCUGGAUAAAUACUACUUCCUCUGCGGGCACCCCCUGCGCUUCAUCCCCUUGGGACAGGUGUGUGACGGCCAGGCAAACUGUGCCAUGGGAGAGGACGAGGAGCAGUGUGUCAAGGUCUUCCCUGAGCGACCCUCUGUGGCAGUCCGCCUCUCCAAGGACCGAUCCAGCCUGCAGGUGCUGAACCUGGCCACGGGGAACUGGGCCUCUGUCUGCUUCGACAGCUUCUCACCAGCCCUGGCAAAGGCAGCCUGCGGGAAGAUGGGCUACAGCAGGACCAGCAACCCCACGUUCAGAGCUGUGAAGAUUGGCCCAGACCAACAGCUGGAUGUCGUUGAAAUCACACAAAACAACCAGGAGCUGCAGGUGCAGAACUCAAGCAGGCCCUGUCUCUCAGGCUCCCUGGUCUCCCUGACCUGCCUUGCCUGUGGGCAGAGCCCCAAGGCCCCUCGCGUGGUGGGCGGGCAGCAGGCCUCUGUGGAUUCCUGGCCUUGGCAGGUCAGCAUCCAGUACAAGAAGCAGCACGUCUGCGGAGGGAGCAUCCUGGACCCCCACUGGAUCCUCACGGCAGCCCAUUGCUUCAGGAAGCACCUCGACGUGUACAGCUGGAAGGUGCGGGCUGGCUCAGAGAAAGUGGACGACUCCCCGUCCCUGCCUGUGGCUAAGAUCUUCGUCUCCGAGUACAACAGCUCGUACCCCAAGGAGAAGGACAUCGCCCUGGUGAAGCUGCAGUUCCCGCUCACCUUCUCAGACACAGUCAGGCCCAUCUGCCUGCCCUUCUUCGAUGAGGAGCUCCCUCCAGCCACCCCGCUCUGGGUCGUGGGCUGGGGCUUUACAGAAGAGGGUGGAGGGAAGAUGUCCGACACGUUGCUGCAGGCGUCCGUCCAGGUCAUUGACCACACACGGUGCAAUGCAGAGGAUGCAUACCAGGGUGAAGUCACCGAGACAAUGCUGUGUGCAGGCAUCCCGGGAGGUGGUGUGGACACUUGCCAGGGCGACAGCGGUGGGCCCCUGAUGUACCAUGCUGGCCAGUGGCAGGUGGUGGGCAUCGUGAGCUGGGGCCAUGGCUGCGGGGGCCCAAGCACCCCAGGAGUGUACACCAAGGUCGCCGCCUAUCUCGACUGGAUCUACAAUGUCAGGAAGUCUGAGCUGUGAUGCUGCCCCCCCACUGCGGUGCUGGGAGCUGCUUCUGUCUCCCCGACACACAUGGGGAUCCCGCAGAAGACAGACACAGCAGGAAGAGCCGGGUGGGACUCGCCUCUCUGCCACCUCAGCAUUGCUUGGAGCAGCUCAGGGCCUCCAUGCCCGUGAGAGACCUCCAGAGCCCGGAGACAGCAUAAGGGAGAUGGCCCACCUCCGCCUGUAGCUGCCAGCAUCCCAGGGAGACAGGCAGCCCCUGAACUGGCCAGCCUGGGGGCCACGGGCUCAGAGAUGUCGCUGGACAGCAGCAGAACUUUCCACCGUACCGACUCACGUUUCCCCAGAGUGAGAGCCAGGGCGGAGAGGGGCUGAGCCAGCCUCUGCCUCUCCACUCAGCCUCACGCCCCCCGGAGCAAGGCACAACGCACUGUCCCACUGUCGCCGUGCCUACUGUUACCGCCUGCGAGACUGCCGCUUGUGUCUCUGUGGCACUAUUAUUAACCGGCUGUUGAAAUGGUCAACGUGGACUGGCUGGGCUGCUGGGCGAGAACCAGGUUAGGAUUGCAGGGCCCGAGAGCUUUGGGCCUGCGGAGGAAAAGGUCCUGGAGAAGGGACGGCUUCUCACAAUCGAGGCAGGGGAGGAGACUCGAAGCAGCCUCCUUCCCACACGGCCCCUCCAGGCCUCUGCCUCCCCCUGCAGGCUGUGAUGGAAGGCAGAGAAGUUCCUGAAUGGCUGGAAGGGGAUCUUGCCCGCAGAGAGCCUCCAGGGUGAAGAAGGGGGAGGGGAAGGAGCCGGGUCACCUCCAGGUCUACGGUAGUCCCUAGGCUGAGGACAGAAGCACGAAGGGGUCUCUGCACGCAGAACCGAGCUCCGUGGACGUCUCUGACAGCUCUGUGGGACCCCCUCCCUACCCAUAGUUGAGUCAGAUCCUAGAUAAAAUCUGCUCAUUAAUGCUUUAUGGGUUCCUGGCCCAGCCCUGGCUGUUGCGAGCAUCUGGGGAGUGAACCAGCGAUGGAAGAUAUCUCUCUCUCUCCCCCCACCCCUGUCACUCUGCCUUUCAAAUCAAUAAACAAAGAAACUGUCA